UGUUUCCGAAGCCAUGUUAUUUUCCAAGUUUUCAACAGCAGGACCAGUGGCAUCCAUUCAUGUGUGUCGAGAGGGGAUUACGAAGCGAUCAUUGGGUUAUGCAUACCUUAACUUCUCUCAACCUGCGGAUGGUUGCCGCUGAUGAACAAGGCUCCAAGGGUCAUGGAUAUAUACAAUUCAAAACCGAAGAAGCGGCUAAACAGGCUAUUGAGAAAGUCAAUGGUACGGUGUUAAAGGACAAGAAAGUAUAUGUUGGAAAAUUCAUACCCCAGUCUGAGCGUUUAGCAAUGAUGAGUGACAGGCCUAAAAAAUACAACAAUGUAUACAUCAAAAACUUCGGCAAUGAGUAUGAUGAUGACAAACUGAAAGUAGAGAUGGAAAAAUUUGGAAAGGUCGUUAGCGCAAAGGUGAUGACAGAUCAACAGAAUAUAUCACGAGGCUUCGGUUUUGUUUGUUUUGAAGAUCCAGAGGAUGCAGAAAACUGUGUAGACCACAUUAUGGGAUCUGAGCUCAAUGGUAAGAUACUGUAUGCUUCUCCAGCUCAAAAACGUGCUGAACGACGGGUCGAGUUAAAGGAGAAGUUUGAGCUCUCGAUGAGAGAAGGAGUUAAUGGUUACCAAAGAGUGAACUUGUAUGUUAAAAAUCUGGAUGGCCGUAUAGAUGAUGAACAACUGAGAAAAGAAUUCUCAGACUUUGGUACCAUCACUAGUGCCAAGGUGAUGAGAGAUGGAAUCAAGUCAAAAGGAUUUGGAUUCGUCUGCUUCAGUUCACCAGAAGAAGCAACUAAAGCUGUCACUGAAAUGAAUGGUAGAAUUGUUUACGACAGACCUCUGUAUGUUGCUCUUGCUCAACGUAAAGAGGAACGUAGGGUUCAUUUAGCUUCUCAAUACACGCAACGUAUUACUACCAUGAGACAACAGCAAAGUGCUCAGUACAGUCAGAUGUUCCAACCAAGUGGAGCCGGUUAUUUUGUUCCCCAACUGCCUCAGGCUACUCGUGGAUUCUUCACACCAACUCAGAUGCCACAAGUUAAGGUUAUUCCAAGAUGGAAGACUGUAGUCCGUGAACCUACACCUUGGCGAGAAGCCGUCGCGUUCGAUGUUGCCUCCCCUACAAAACAACGACAGAUGUUGGGCAAUAGAUUGUUUCCUCUGAUCAAUGACAUGUACCCUAAACUAGCUGGUAGAAUCACAGACAUGUUGCUGGAAAUUGAUAAGUCUGAAUUAUUAGAUAUGUUGGAUUCUCCAGGGGAUCUCAGAGACGAGGUUGAAAAUGCUGUUUCAUGGCUGAAUAAAAGAUACCAACCAGAACAAUCUUAAAUUCUCUAUUCGCCAGACUGUCAGUCAUUUCUCUAAAUGUAAAUGACUGCUAGUAGUCUAGACCAGUCCCCAAAAAAUGAAUAUAAAAAUGGUCCCUAGAGUGUCGAUCGGAAAAUUAUUUUUUUAUAAUUCGUGGGAUUUGGGGGAUAAGAAUGGGUAGAAUCAAGGGCGGAUCCAGAGACUAUGGAUAGGCGGGGGCGCGCACGCUGCGAGCACCGAAGGCGCGAAGCGCUCAACGCGGUGUUCGGGUGGCCCCCUCGGAAAAUAUUGAAAACUAGAAGUCUGGAAAUGCCAUUUCCUGUGAUCUGAGACAAGAAACUGGUUUAAAAAUAAUUAUUCCAAUAGCGGGACAUGCACCUCGCGCCCUCCCCCCUUCCCACUAGAUCCGCCCUUGAGAAUAUUAUUACCUCUUUUGAACAGUGAGUUAAAGAUAAGACUAAAACCUUAAAUUAGACGCCAUCAGUGGACAUUAAUGUAUUUUUCUUUAGGCAUCGUCAAGUAAGAUGUCGAAUGGAGUUUAAUGCAAAGGUUAAAUGGCGCUAUCAAUAUGAUUUCAGGAAAUCUUUUUAUUGUGUACUGUCGCUAAAGCGUUGAAUGGUGUUGACCGAACAAACUCACUCGUAUUUUCUCAUGUCUGUGGCACAGGUAAAGAGCGGUCGUUGUGUUUUGUGGCCAGUGGCACAACUUAUCCCCCCUCCACGCCCUUCCCCCCUUACAUAUCAUAUGUUACCGUUUGCAUAUAGUUAUUAACUACUAUUGGUUUAUACAUAACAUAUCACCCUGAAUGUAACAUGACGUAUUAACAUUAUUCGUAUGCUUAUAGACUACUAUUGGUUUAUACAUUACGUAUAUCACCUUGAAUGUAACAUGACGUAUUAACAUUAUUCGUAUGGUUAUAAACUACUAUUGGUUUAUACAUUACGUAUAUCACCUUGAAUGUUACAUAACGUAUUAACAUUAUUCGUAUGGUUAUAAACUACUAUUGGUUUAUACAUUACGUAUAUCACCUUGAAUGUUACAUAACGUAUUAACAUUAUUCGUAUGGUUAUAAACUACUAUUGGUUUAUACAUUACGUAUAUCACCUUCAAUGUUACAUAACGUAUUAACAUUAUUCGUAUGGUUAUAAACUACUAUUGGUUUAUACAUUACGUAUAUCACCUUGAAUUUUACAUAACGUAUUAACAUUAUUCAUAUGGUUAUAAACUACUAUUGGUUUAUACAUUCCGUAUAUCACCUUGAAUGUUACAUAACGUAUUAACAUUAUUCGUAUGGUUAUAAACUACUUUUGGUUUAUACAUUACGUAUAUCACCUUGAAUGUUACAUAACGUAUUAACAUUAUUCGUAUGGUUAUAAACUACUAUUGGUUUAUACAUUACGUAUAUCACCCUGAAUGUUACAUGACGUAUUAACAUUAUUCGUAUGGUUUAUAUAUUACAUAAUCAUCUUGAAUGUUACCGUUAUUGAUAGAGGUAUAAACAAGCCAACGGCGAGGCUGGUGCCCCCCGUCGAAAUAUCAAAAUAAAUAGAUGACACAUAUGGAUUAAUUAAAUAUUUGCCUUUAAUCAAACUAAUUAUCUGUACUUAGCCUAAGCAUAAAAUGUUAAUGAUCAAAUUCAGUCAUGGUUUUGAAGUACCUGGUAGUGAAACUAUACACUAAGUUUCAUCAAUCUCCAUCAGUUAAAAUCAAAGUUAUCUUGUCCCAAUGCAUCGACCAAUGAAAUUGCUUAUUCCUGCCUAGCUUUAAUUGGAAAUGCUAAUCAUCGAACUCAGUCAUUGAACUCACUUAAUGAACAUCUACAUCAAGUUUAAACAUUCCACCUCAAUUAAAAGCAGGGUUGUUAUGUUCCAAAGUCUUGACCAAUCAAAUUGCUUAUCGUCACUUAAAUGGUAAUUAUCGAACUUAGUCAAGGUAUUGAUGUAAUGAAACUAUAAACCAGAUUUCAUCACUCCCACUUAAUUAGAACUAAAGUUAUCGUGUUCCAAAGCAUCAACCAAUCAAAUUGCUUAUCCCUGCUAGCCGUAAGCAGAAAAUGCUCAUAUUCAAACUGCAUCAAGGCAUUAGCCCAAUGAACGCCUACACCAAGUUUGAACAUUCUGCCUCAAUUAGAAGCAGAGUUAUUGUGUCCCAAAAAGUGUGACCGACAGACCCAUUUUAAUAGUUCCCUUUCUUCGAAAGGCGGGGACAACUGGUCCUGGGCCAUGUUUCUCAAAAUCUUAACUUAAGAUAAAAUCCAAAUCUUAGUAGGUACUUCAAUUUUGAUUGGUUAAGCACUAAAACCAAUCUAAUAUUAUCCAAUCAAAUUACUAAAAUUUGGAUUUUAUCUUAGUUAAAAUUUCGUGAAAGAGGCCCCUGGUUUAUAUAUGAAAUAUUAUAUAUCAUCCUGAAUGUUAAUGUAUUACCGUUAUUGAUAUAUUUCCCACCUCGUCUUGAAAUUGUAAUUGUUGUGUUUUGUUAAAUCUUUUGUCUUGUAUAAUGUAUUAACUUUUCUCUUUGUACAUCUAUCGAUUAUUAUAUUCCUCAUAAACCAAAAUAAUGUCAUAAUUUUAUUUAUUCUUGUAUUAUUGCUUACUUAUAAAUAAGUUCAAACUUAACCAUAACACGUAUGGUCACUCGACUGGUCUUUUCAAGUCCUUAUCAAGAGAAAUGAUUUGAACAACUGGACUGAUCUGUUAACGUGUGCUUCCACAAUAGUGAUAUGGCAGACAAGAUAUUGUCGCUUACCAUUCAGGUUAUAGUCGGCAGUAGGGGUAGCGAUUUAAAAAGGGUACGACCUACUUUACCAUUCAGGCUAUAGUCGUCAAUAUUGAUAUCGCAGACAAGAUAUAGUCUCGAACCAUCCAUGCUAUGGGGUAUUAUGGUAGCUAUUCAAGAAUGGACAGAUCUUUUUUCAAAAGAGGACUCCACUUAAUCUAUUAUAUUCCCCACCCUUUCAGAGUCCUUUGAUCAGACACUGGCACUACGGCCAACUC